AUGGAAGCUCCCUCAAAUCAAGUUUCUCUCCCCUACGAUCGCUGUUAUCACAGUGGAAGGACGUACCCGGCGUUUUAUGCAGCACCAGAAACUGUUUCAGAAUCUGACAAGAACAAGAAAACUGAAAAAUAUGGGUCAGCCUUUCUUGGACCGGACUUGUGGGACGAGACAUACGACAAUGAAGACUUCACCUUGGAGUACAUGGAUCUGGUGGACUUCUUGACAGAAAAUGGCAUCCCGAAAGAUCAUCAGAUCGCUGGAAAUCUCAACGAGGCACAUUCCACAAACCCACAGCUAAGCAGGAGUAAUCACAGUCCCAAAGGCAUCGACACAUUUUCAGUUCCAAGUCACAGUCCACAAGCCAUCGAUUCACCUCCCCACACGUUUCCGGGUUCCGACCAACAAGUCACUUCGAUGCCAUCAGACGUGUUUCCCUGUAGCAGCCUGCAAGAAGUUCCAUCGCAAACAGACACGUUACCAAGUAACGGUCAACAACUCCCACCAGACAAUUUUCCCAAACACAUUGCACGUGCCACUCCAUCGCCUCCAACCACGUUUUCCUGUAGCAGCCAAGUACUUUCCUCGCCAACAGACACGUUUCCAAGUAACGGUCCACAACUCUCUCCGUCGCCAACUGACAAGUAUCCCAAUCACAUCACACGUGGCACGCCAUCGCCUCAAGCCGCGUUUCCCUUUUGCAGCCAGCAAGUGCUUUCCUCGCCAACAGACACGUUUCCAAGAAACUGCCCUCACCUCACUCCGUCACCAACUGGCAAGUAUCCCAGUCACAUCACAGAAGUCACUUCGGGGGCACCAGACACGUUUCCAAGUAGCAGCCAACAACUCACUCUGUCGACAACCGACACGUAUCCCAAUCACAUUACACGUGCCACUCCAUCGCCUCCAGCCACAUUUCCCUACAGCAUCCAACAAGCAAUUCCCUCACCAACAGACACGUUUCCAAGUAGCCGCCCACAACUUACUCCGUCACCAACUGGCAAGUAUCCCAAGCACAUCACACAAAUCACUUUGGAGGCACCAGGCAAGUUUCCAAGUAGCAGCCCACAACUUACUCCGUCACCAACUGGCAAGUAUUCAAAUCACACCUCACAAGUCACUUCGGAGGCACCAGACACGUCUCGAAGUAGCAGCCCACAACUCAGUCCGUCACCAACUGGGAAGUAUCCAAAUCACAAGUAUCCCAAUCACAUCACGCAAGUCACUUUGCAGGCCCCAGACACGUUCCCCUGUAGCAGCACACAAGCAAUUCCCUCGCCAACAGACACGUGUCCAAGUAACAGCCAACAAGUCCCUCCAUCGCCACCAGACACAUUUCCCAGCCACAUCACACGUGUGACUAAGUCGACUCCAGCCACGUUCCCAAAGCAGUUGCCAUCUCGACAAUCACAGCUCGACGCCUCGCAAUACGACGAACUGCCAACACCAUCAACAGCAGCUCUUACAGAAAGUAAGCUUGGUGAAUCCAAGGUCCCCGAGGCUCAGCCUAAACUAGACUUUGACCUCUCACCAUCUGAAUUGGCUUUGGUGAGCAUACCAGGCUUAGAAAACUUCGAUCCCCGAGAGCGAACAUUUUCAGAAGACGAGCUGAAACCUCAGCCGAUGUGUAAGAAAUCAAGAAAGAUCUUUGUCCCUGACGACAAUAAGGACGACAAGUACUGGUGUCGGAGGAAGAAGAACAAUGUGGCAGCUAAACGGUCCCGGGACGCCAGGCGCGUCAAGGAGAACCAGAUAGCCAUGAGAGCUUCAUUCUUGGAGAAGGAAAACUCGUUUCUUCGCACUGAGCUUGAAAAAGUUAAAAAAGAAAACGCCGAAAUUUUAAUCUCACUGACCGAGUUUGAGGCUUUAGACUCAUGAGAAACGCGUCUUCCAUUUCCUGCAAAUUGUUAUUUUGUAUUUUGUACAUAGCUUGACCUUGACAAACAUGAAUUUCUGUGAUAAAUAGCUUUGCCCCAAGCCGUCUUGGUAAUAUGACGACAAAAGUUACUGAAGCGCAUGAUCCAGUGGAAUGGCCUUCCUUUCCGUUUGGCAUGACGCUUAUUAUAAGACAAUAUACCAGGAGUAUGUGAUUUGUUUGUAGUUUAACGACGCACUAAACAAUAUUCCCGCUACAUGACUGCCGUCUGUAAAUAAUCAGACCUGUACCAGACAAUCCAGUGAUGAGGGUCAUGAGCAUCGAUCUACGCAAUUGGAAUACGAUGACAUCUGUCAACAAAGUCAGCAAGCCUGACCACCCGAUCCCGUUAGUCGCCUCAUACGACAAGCAUGGGUUGCUGAAGACCAGUUCUUACCCGGUACUGAAACUGUAUGGAUUUAUGUAUUUUCUGUUGUAAUGCUGAUAAAUAAACAUUUUUUUGUU